AUGAUCAGUGCCAAAGGUCAACCAGGCACUGUGAUCAGUGCUAAAAGUCAACCAGGCACUGUGAUCAGUGCUAAUAGUCAACCAGGCACUGUGAUCAGUGCUUAUAGUCAACCAGGCACUGUGAUCAGUGCUUAUAGUCAACCAGGCACCGUGAUCAGUGCUAAUAGUCAACCAGGCACCAUGAUCAGUGCUUAUAGUCAACCAGGCACUGUGAUCAGUGCUAAAGGUCAGCCAGGCACUGUGAUCAGUGCUUAUAGUCAGCCAGGCACUGUGAUCAGUGCUUAUAGUCAACCAGGCACCGUGAUCAGUGCUUAUAGUCAACCAGGCACCGUGAUCAGUGCUUAUAGUCAACCAGGCACCGUGAUCAGUGCUUAUAGUCAACCAGGCACUGUGAUCAGUGCUUAUAGUCAACCAGGCACCAUGAUCAGUGCUCAAAGUCAACGAGGCACUGUGAUCAGUGCUAAUAGUCAACCAGGCACUGUGAUCAGUGCUUAUAGUCAACAAGGCACUGUGAUCAGUGCUUUUAGUCAACCAGGCACCGUGAUCAGUGCUUAUAGUCAACCAGGCACCGUGAUCAGUGCUUAUAGUCAACAAGGCAUCGUGAUCAGUGCUUAUAGUCAACCAGGCACUGUGAUCAGUGCUAAUAGUCAACCAGGCACUGUGAUCAGUGCUUAUAGUCAACCAGGCACCAUGAUCAGUGCUUAUAGUCAACCAGGCACCAUGAUCAGUGCUUACAGUCAACCAAGCACCAGGAUCAGUGCUUAUAGUCAACCAGGCACUGUGAUCAGUGCUUAUAGUCAACCAGGCACCGUGUGCCCUGUGAAAUCUCACAGUGUUGGAAGUGAGGUUACCAGCACUCUGCAGCUCUGA